GACAGUCUAUGGGGUCCCAAAGAGUUGGACACGACUGAGUGACUUCACUUUCUUUCAUUUUUCAUUACUCCCCACAACAAACCUGAGCGGUUUUGUUGUUGUUGUUGUUGUUGUUGUUGUUUUUUCAAUUAGGAGUCCCCCUGGUGGUCAUAGGCAGGAAAACAUUGAGGGAAAGGAUACAGGAAGAAAUGGAAUAAAUGGCAUCUCCUGUCUUCAGUCAUCCAUCUGUAAACUUAUUAGACUUCUUCCCUGUCUCUGUGUACAGUUUCUUUUGAGAGAGAGAGGUGUCCCAGAUUCUCAAGGAGUCAGGACUCCAACCACUCACACGAUGCUUCCUAGCUCCCAUAGUCCAUGGAUUCUUUCUUACCCUGUCUCACUCUGAUGCUAUCUCACAUCCUGGAGGUCCCUGGGGUCCCUGUCCCCUGGAAUUCUGGAACCAUCACUUCCAUCCCUAGCCUUGGGUCCCCCAUUUCCCAAUGCUGGAACGUUCCCCGGUUUGCUGCCUGUGACCUUAGGCAAAUUGUUUGCCAUUUUGCAGCCCCAGUUCCCUCAUCUGCAGAAUAGGAAGGGUAAUUUCCACCGCCUAAAAUUGUUUUGUGGAUUAAAUAAAAUAUGCCUGCAAAACGCGAACCAUGAUUCUUGGUUUAAAGUUUGUUAACGUUGUGUAAGUGGGUAGUUUUUCAAACUCGUGGCUUCUUGCUGCCCCUCCUCCCCUGGCGCUGGGCUGAGAGUCAAAUCUGUAGGACCGGAUUAGUUUUGAAUUUCACUUAAUCCCGGUGGCCCUUCCGCAAUCCGAGCCCUCUUAAAAGCAAAGGUUGCUUUUAAGCCUGCUAAGGAGCCUGGGCUCACGGAGGCUGCGGGAUGGAGCUAGAAGCAGGAGCCAAGCUGCCGCUGCUGCUGCUGCUGCAGGCCACUUGCUUGGGGUACGCAGGAGCAGAUGGCUACAUGUCCGUCAUCGAGGUGACCAACGGGGGCCCCUGGGGCGACUGGGCCUGGCCCGAGAUGUGUCCUGACGGAUUCUUCGCCAGCGGGUUCUCGAUCAAGGUGGAGCCCCCACAAGGCAUUCCUGACGACGACACGGCCCUGAAUGGGAUCCGGCUGCACUGCGCUGGCGGGCAAGCGGAUCUCAACGCGCACGUGGUGGAGUCCCAGUCUGGAAGGUGGGGAUGGUGGAGUGAGCCGCUGUGGUGUCCCGUCGGCGGCUUCCUGGUGGCUUUCUCGCUUCGCGUGGAGGCACCCGUGACCUUUGGGGACAACACAGCUGCGAACAACGUGCGCUUCCUCUGCUCCGACGGCACGGAGCUGCAGGGGCCGGGCCUGACCUGGGGAGACUUCGGAGACUGGAGUGAGCUUUGCCCUAAAGGCGUAUGCGGCUUGCAAACCAAGAUCCAGCAGCCUCAAGGCCUCCGCGACGACACCGCCAUCAACGACGCACGCUUUUUCUGCUGCCGCAAUUGAUACCAUCGUCGUCCUCUCCCAGCCCCAAGCCUCAUCCCACCUCCGCUAUUAAAGCUUCUCUGUCUUGGC